AUAGGUUGAAAAAAAAGAAAAGAAAAUCCAAAAACAAAAAGUAUGCAAAGCCCAUAGACAAGUAAAUCUAAAAAAAAAACAAAAACAAUAUUUAUUUGAGCACAGUUUAUGAUUUGUGUUGAAUGUUUAUUUUGCGUUGGUUUUAAUCAAAUAUAGUUUCAAAGCCUAGACACUCAGGAUUUAGUUCAAAUAUAUAUAGUUUAGUCGAUGAGUUUUAGUUGCGAAUACUCGCUUGAGAAAAGGCCCCCGCACACGAACAGACACACGCAUGCACGCCAACCGUUUGGGGCUGCUCUACACCGACACCUAAGGACCCCCACACACGACACGACACGACGAACGUAGACGAACACACGCCAAACAAAUGCUAAAAUGUCGCUGCCCAACGAACAGACAAACUUGCCGCACAAUCCCAGCCAACCAGCAUCCACAGACACACCAUCCACAACAGGAACAUCAACAACAACACCUUCUACACCAACACCUUCCACAAGAACCACACCAAACGAGCUGAAACACCGCCUGACGCCAUUGAAUGUGCGUCGUUUAUCGGGCUACGUUAAUCCGCAAGCGAUCAGCGAUAAUGCUGGCGAUGAACCCCCGCCCACCACCAUUAACAUUGGCCUCUUCAACAACAAUAACAACAACAAUACAAAUAAUAAUAAUAACAACAACACAGCAUCAACAACGCCACCAUCUGCAUAUGCCACACCACCAAUAUACCAACAACAGUUGUCCACACUGACAGCAACAACACCGCUAGAUGUGGCACCGGAUGAUAAAUACAGAUUGUUUACCAUUUUCAAUGGAAACGAUCCCGACAAUGAGAAAUUGUCGGGCCUACCACAUUCGACAACCGGUUCACUAAGCUCAAUCAUCACGACGUCCAUAGCAUCCUCCGAACCGGAUCCUGGAGCGGCGAGUGGCGGCGGCGGCGGAGGAGGAGCAGGGGGAGGAGGCGGCGGUAGUGGCAAUGGCGGCAUCGGAUCGGGCGCCCCUGUGGCGGCGGAUGCCUCCAGCAUCGCCGGCAUCAAUGGCAGUUCCGAGGAGAAGUUGGCGCUCAACAGGCCCGGCAUCAAGCAGGAGAAGUGGUCCACUAUCCUGCUGCAGGUCUCCAUUCCGUUCUUCCUCGCCGGCAUCGGCACCAUCGGAGCUGGCAUUGUGCUGGGACGCGUUGAGAAAUGGUAUGUCUUCAAGAAUGUGAGCGAGCUGUUUAUCCUGGUUCCGGCGCUUUUGGGCCUGAAGGGCAAUCUGGACAUGUGCCUGGCCUCGCGGCUCUCCACGCAAGUGAACCUGGGCAACAUGACCAGUCGGCAGGGCGUGAUACGGAUGAUAGUGGGGAAUAUAGCGCUGGUGCAGGUCCAAGCGACAGUGGCCUCCUUCCUGGUGGCCAUGUUUGCGGUGAGCGUUGGUGCGGCGAUGACCGGUGAAUUCUACUUCGAGAACAUGAUGCUGCUGACGGCCUCGGCCAUGUUCACGGCCACCUCGUCGUGCUUUGUGCUGGACUUCGUGCUGGUGGCAGUGAUCCUGUUUUCGCAGAAAUAUCGCCUCAAUCCGGAUAACCUGGCCACGCCCCUGGCCGCCUCCAUUGGCGAUGUGGUGUCCAUCAGUUUGCUCUCCUUCAUCGCCUCGCUGCUGUACGAGCAUAUCAAAACGCACCUGUGGAUCACGUUCAUCGUGGUCACCUGCUACCUGGUGCUGUUGCCCAUGUGGGUGAUGAUUGUGCUGAGGAACGAGUACACGCGACCGGUGCUAAAGAGCGGAUGGGUGCCCGUCCUCUCGGCCCUCUGCAUAAGUGGUCUGGGUGGCCUUGUGUUGGAUGCCGCCGUCGAGGUGUUCACUGGGUUCGUGGUCUUUCAACCGAUCAUCAACGGAAUCGGCGGCAACCUGGUGUCGGUGCAGGCCAGCAAGAUAUCCACAAUGCUGCACCAGAGCUCAAUUAUCGGGAUUAUACCACCGCACACGCAGAUCUUCGAGUGGCCCUGGCGGGCGCUCUUCAAAGGAGUUCCCUAUGCGAAGACAGCACGGAUUCUUAUUGCCAUGUCCAUCCCCGGCAAUGUCCUAUUUAUCUUUGCUGCUGACUAUAUAAACUAUAGCACCUCGACGGUCACCUGGGUGUUUGUGCUUUCGUAUUUGACUGCCAGUUUAGUGCAGGUGAUGCUGCUGCUGUAUAUUGCCCACAUUAUUGUGCACGCGAUGUGGAAGUGGAAGAUCGAUCCGGAUAACUCGGCCAUACCCUACCUGACGGCCCUGGGCGAUCUGCUGGGCAGCAGUCUGCUGGCGGUGGCGUGGCUCUUCACCAUGUCGGUGGGCAUGCAGUACGGAAGCGGAAUGCAGACACUCAACGCACCCAAUUAGAGUAGGGAUUACGAAAUACGGAAUAGCGUAGAACGAGAAAUGAUAAAUGAUAAAUGAUAAACAAGGCAGCCACACACCACACACAAUAUAAAGAACUGUUAUGUACCUAAAACAAAUAUAUAGAAAACAUAGAAAUUGUA